AUGGAGUACAGAUGUGAAGUGGAUUUGGAGGAGCUCUGUCCAGUUUGUGGAGAUAAAGUAUCCGGGUACCACUAUGGGUUAUUGACUUGUGAAAGCUGUAAGGGUUUUUUCAAAAGAACUGUUCAAAACAACAAAAAAUAUAUUUGCGCAGAAAACCAGGAUUGCAAAAUCGAUAAAACCCACAGGAAGCGGUGUCCCUCCUGCAGAUUUCAGAAAUGCCUCAUCGUUGGGAUGCGACUGGAAGCUGUUCGAGCAGAUCGGAUGCGAGGCGGCAGGAACAAAUUUGGCCCCAUGUACAAGCGUGACCGUGCCCUCAAGCAGCAGAAAAGGGCUUUGAUGCGAGCAAAUGGAUUCAAAACAGAGGCCGCCGCAUCUCUUGUCUCCUCAAAUCAGACAGACUCUGCUUUUACUGGCAGCUUCCCCGGUCUCUACCCAGUUCCCAUCAUUCAAACAACACUUGUACCCACAACACACUAUAACCACAACUGCUACGGGCUGCCAUCACUGGGCACAUCAACACCCUCCAACCCAUCUAUAUCUACCCAGCGUCAGUACACCUCCUCCAAUCCGGCCAUCAAGUCAGAACACACGGACAUCCAUAUGAGUUCACAAGCCUCUGUUUUGGGGGACCAUGCCUACUCAGAAGAGCUUCAGGAGGAAACUUUUUCUCCACAAGUUCCCAGGAUGCCUCAGCUAGUGAUGGAGUUCCUGCGCUGUGAUCCAGAUGAGCUUCAGAUGCAGAGGAACAUUGCUGCCCACCUCCAGCGGGAACAGAGCAGCUGGGAGAAGCAGGGGAAGCCGACUGCUUUCAGCUUCAUGUGCCGCAUGGCUGACCAGAUGCUCUUCUCUAUUGUGGAAUGGGCUCGCAGAUGCAUCUUCUUCAAAGAGCUUAAGGUGAGUGACCAGAUGAAACUGCUUCACAACUGCUGGAGUGAGCUGCUGGUCCUGGACAUCCUCUUCAGGCAGGUCCAGCACGGCAAGAGGAGCAGUGUGCUCCUGGUCACCGGGCAGGAGGUGGAGCUGUCGGCUGUAGCCUCCUAUGCGGACCCCACUUUGGCCCACCUGGUCCAGAGGGGACAGGAGCUGCUGGAGAAGCUCCAUGGCCUACAAGUAGACCGCCAAGAGGUUGUCUGUAUUAAGUUCCUCAUUCUCUUCAACCCAGAUGUGAAACCUCUGGAAAGCCAGCCGUUUGUGGAGAGCGUCCAGGAGCAGGUUCAAGGAGCCCUGCUGGAGUACACGCUGUGCACGUACCCUCAGUACCUGGACAGAUUUGGUCACCUGCUGCUCUGUUUGUCUGAGCUGCGCUCUCUGAGCACCCUCGCUGAGGACUACCUGUGCUGCAAGCACCUCAGCGGUGAGGUGCCCUGCAACAACCUGCUCAUCGAGAUGCUGCACGCCAAACUUGCCUGCAUGUGA